CUUUACUCUCUUUUCCUAAACGUUUACAUGAAUGACCUGGAAAGGACGCAUUGUUUCGGGCUAAAAGAAACGAUCUUUAAGGAAGAAAAAGCCUAAAAUGGGUCUGCUGAAUUCUAAAAACCUCCAAAGCAAGCAAGCCCACAUUCUUCUCCUGGGACUUGACUCAGCUGGGAAAUCUACUCUGCUUUACCGGUUAAAGUUUGCUGAGACUCUCGCAACCAUCCCAACCAUCGGCUUCAACGUGGAAAUGGUCCAGCUGCAGAGCAGUCUCACACUCACCGUGUGGGAUGUUGGAGGACAGGAGAAGAUGCGAACCGUCUGGGACUGCUACUGUGAGAACGCGCAUGGGCUGAUGUACGUGGUGGACUGUUCCGAAGGCAAAAAGCGACUGGAGGACUCUCGCAAAGAGUUCAAGCACAUUUUGAAGAACGAGCACAUCAAAAACACGCCGGUCGUCAUACUGGCCAACAAACAGGACUUGCCGGGAGCUCUGAGCGCCGAAGACAUCACCAGGAUGUUCAAGGUGAAGAAGCUGUGCAGCAACCGGAACUGGUAUGUGCAACCCUGCUGUGCGGUCACUGGAGAAGGGCUGGAUGAUGGGUUCAGGAAAUUAACCGAGUUUCUGAAAAGCCACCGAAGGACAAGAGAGACCUUAGCAAUCUUCAAGCAGAAAUGAGACGAUGAUGAAGUGGAAAUGGGAAAUCUGUUUUAUUUCCCAUGUAAAGUGGGGGAACAAAAAGAAAAGUAAGUUGCUGAAUCAGCAAACUUUUCGGGGGUGGUUUCCCACCCUGCUCAGCUAAAGAAGGAACUUUCUAAGCAAACUAUGGGGUAAUGGUCAUUGAAACGGAAGAAUUUAUAUUUUGUAAAGGUUAACGUGUUGGAUGAUUUGAAAGUCCUAUUUAGAGUCGGAUAAAUGUUAAUUAAUUUUGUAUGACCACUAAAGUUUAAAUAGCUGUCUGUUUAUAUAGUCAGGAUUUUUUCCACAUAGUUCCCAGAUGUUACAGGCAUUGAAUUUCUACCCUGUCCUUAGGUAGUAAUUGAAUAGUGAGAAAAUAACAAAAAGAAGCUUAAAUUGUGGAUGUUAACGUUUUGAAAAUCUUUGUUUUGUAAACAGACACGCAAAUGCUGUCAGCUUUUUGACAUCUAUUGUUUGUAACUUCCUUUAUCUUUUUAAAAAAUAUAUUUUUUU